AUGUCAGGGGUAAUAUGGAAAUUUUUCUUUGCGUCAGCAGCCAUGUGGAUGGCACCUGUUGCAAUUCUAUAUGCCUUCAAUCAUAAAAUUCUACCAGGUAGCACACUGUUUCAUGUACUUUUUUGGCUCAUCUUUUUGUCAGUCACUAAACGUAUAUGAUUGCUUAGAAAACUUCAUAUUAAUGGUUUUUAAUUAUAAUAUCAAAGAAACUUUCCAUUUCUAUAUCUUCAGUAUAUCUUCGUGAUUCUAUAUGGCUUCUUAUUUCUACAAAACACAGGAAGACUAAAAAUAUGUUUUUCUCUUUCAGUUUUUUUUAUUUCAUUUGUGAGCUUUUACUGUUUUUACUAAAGAAAAAUAUGCCUAAUUUGAAGGUAUAUGCGUUGUUUUUUUUUCUUUUAUACCAAUUGUGGUAGCUUGUUAAGUUGCUGCAUUGAUCAAUUGGCAUCUCUUAGUUUUUGGGCUUUUAUACACCACACACCAAGUGGGCUACUCCAGCAGUCUUAUGUAACCUUCCCUCUCCUCAUCUCAACAUUCACUGCUCCAUUUCCCCACAUUCCCCACCUUUCUAGCCCAAGCUGGGUAGUCCUGCUCAUUUUGGUAAAUUCAACAGACCUGAGCGGACUAACAUUGAAUACUGUGUGUUUACAAGGGACACACUAAUCUGAGGCUUAAAAUUCUAUGGGGAUUUAUUAGGAACGGCAAGGGCUUAUAUAAAGGAAUUUAUUCAGAGUUUAAAUGUCCUAGACUUAUAAUGCUGUACUAUACUGGAGAUGCACGGAGUCAUUAUCUCCAUAGAUAAUUUAGGCUGUUCUAUACCAUACUUCUAUUCUAUACUCAUAGAGUCUUUUGAGUUCCCUCUUAGAGCCAAUGCAACUAAUUGCAAGGAAAUGUAAGAAUUCCUGAAGAAAAAAUUAGCCGAUCUUAGUUCCCUCUUUGUUCAAAUUCACGUAUCAAAAUUUGGCUUAAUUUAUGCUCCUUUAUUUCCAAAAUAUUCACAUGUGUGUGCAUCUCUCUCUCUCUCUCUCUCUCUCUCACACACACACACACACACUCGCUCGCUCUCUCCAUAUAUAUAUAUAGAUAUAUAUAUAUAUACACUCCUGGGAGGUCAGAAUGGUUCUCGAAAUGUGAUCAGCAGCUGCCAGCCCAGAUCACAGUCUGUACCAGACCACCGACUAAUCAAGAUCUUGAUUAUCCAAUUCUACAACUAUCCUAUCUGCAUUCUAGGCUCUCUCUGAUUUCUCUCCCCAGGCCUUUCACAGUCAGAACACCUGUUAUUUACUUGCUUAUUUUGCUCUGACAUCUUCUUCUACUAUCUUUCUAUUAAUGAGAAAGUUUCUUUUCUCAUAACAGGAUCCAGCGAACUUUCAUCGUCAUCACAGACUCUUUUGAGCGGAUUCCUGGCUGUUCUAUCUGUCAAUUUGGUGAUUGUGUUCUAUAUUAUCAUGGCUAUGAAGGAGCCCUCAACCAGUCAGCCUCAGCCAGACCCAGCUUUCCUAGCAGAUGCCAAAGCCAGCAUCAGCAAGCCUGUAACAACGAAGAGAGAUGAUUAUGUCCAAGAUCGCAACAAAGUGGAUUAG